UGCCCGCUUCGGUGCUCUCGAUCUAAAAAAUUCCUUAACGACAAAAUCCAUAACUCAAAAGAACAAAUUCAAAAACUGCAAAUACUGAAUCAAUACACAAUAAGAUUAACGGGAGAAGAGAAUUAAGGCGCUAUAAUGUCGAUAGAUUUGGUACUGAAACCGUCGUGUAGCAGGUGCGGCUCCACGUCGGAGUUGUACGGAAGCACCUGCAAGCACUUGACUCUUUGCAUGUCUUGUGGUAAAAACAUGGCUGAGACUCGUGAUAAAUGCUACGAGUGUGGCACUCCGAUCACACGGCUGAUUCGAGAGUAUAAUGUUCGGGCUUGCUCCAGCAAUGACAAGAAUUAUUUCAUUGCUCGAUUUGCUUCAGGCUUACCGAACUUUUCAAAAAAAAAGAAUGAGAGUAAAUGGACUUUACAAAAAGAAGGUUUGCAAGGACGUCAAGUUACGGAUACUUUGCGGGAAAAGUACAAGAAUAAACCGUGGCUAUUAGAGGAUGAAACCGGUCAAUUUCAGUUCCAUGGUCAGCUUGAGGGAGCACAGUCUGCACAAUAUUAUCUAUUGAUGAUGCAGGGUGAAGAGUUGGUUGCUAUUCCAGCUGGUUCUUGGUACAACUUCAACAAAGUUGCCCAAUAUAAGCAACUUACUCUGGAGGAAGCAGAGGAGAAAAUGAAAAAUAGAAGGAAAACUGCAGAUGGGUACCAGAGAUGGAUGAUGAAAGCAGCAAAUAAUGGACCUGCUGCCUUCGGUGAAGUAGAAAGAUUUGAUGACAAGGAAAGUGGAUCUGGUGGGACAAGGGGGCGUAAGAAAACUUCUGGUGAUGAGGACGAAGGCAACGGUUCGGACCAUGGGGAUGAAGAUGAGGAAGAGGAGGCUGCUAGAAAAAGCAGGUUGGGACUCAACAAAAGAGGCGCUGAUGAUGAUGAAGAGGGUCCUAGAGGGGGUGAUCUUGACCUGGAUGAUGAUGAUAUUGAAAAAGGUCAGUCUUUCUUCUUCCUAGAAUGCCUUGCAUUGCACAUUCGAGAUUGCUUCCCAACUAUUUCUUUUGUUUUCAANUCAGCUAAGACUAAAAGAAAAGCUAAUGGUGAUGACUCAAAACCAACCAAUGGUGCUCCCUUGAAAAAAGUGAAAACAGAAACGGAUGCCAAACCUGGGAAAGAUGAAACUCCGUCUACUGCGAAGAACAGUGUUCUCCCAAAGGGUGCAUCACCCUCUUCCAAAACGGCUCCAAGUCCUGCCACAGGUCCUGUUACUGAAGAAGAAAUUAGAGCUGUUCUAUUGCAGAGAAAACCAGUGACCACACAGGAUCUUGUCAGCCAAUUUAAAUCUCGUUUAAAAUGUAAAGAGGAUAAGGCUGCUUUUGCUGAUGUAUUGAGGAAGAUCUCCAAGAUACAGAAGACCGGUACAGGAACGAGCUAUGUUGUGUUACGAGAGAGGACAAAUCAAUAGGACGAACCAAGAUAUCACUGGCUACAUAUUGGUGGAGAUUGGAAGAAUCUAAGGCGUUGGAAAAGAAACUGAACUUUUUGUCUUGUUGGACGUUCAAAACCUUGUACGGUGAGCAAGCUUUGCUUUGUUUGUAAUAGUCUCAAAUGAUCUUCGUAUUGUAAUAGACAAAUGACCAAAAAUGGGCAAUAAUUCUGUGCAAAGGGUUGGAUAAACUCGUAGAUGGAUUUGUUCCUCACAGAAAUUGCAAUGUGAAACAAGAUUAGUAUAUCCAGUAUCUUUUUUUACAUCA